UGUGUGCGAGCGCUUGCCGAGCUGUCAUUGAAACGCUGCAGGCAUGCGUCGUGCGGUGCCGCGCGUUUACAACCGCCGGUCGAACGCUUGAACCGUUGUUUACCGUGCCGCUAGCAGCAAUAAAAACCCUCCGCCGGCCACUGUUGCGACCCGUUUCGGGGUGAGCAAGUGUGCGGCAACGAUUGACGAACGAUCCCGCAGGACGGGGCCACCCCGCACGCACACCAUCCCGCGGAACUGUACCGCCGGGUCAGCACCCGGACGCGGCAUAGCAAACGCUGCGCCGCCGAUGUGACGACGCUCUGUGUAUAGCGACCAGGCAGCGAUUGGUGGCCAAUAGGAGAGCGAAUCAUUGCGCGCAUCGGUUUCUAUUGGUACUGCCUGCCCACCGUCCGAUACGAACGAACACCUUCCGCAGGGGUUGGAGGGGUGGGGGAAGAGGGAAAGAAAAACUAACGGGGCCUAGCGGCCAAAGGGUACGGCGAGCGGUGUGUGCAAGCGGUGCGAAGAGCUGUGUUGUGGUUUGUGUUUUUUUGCUUUGGUGCGUGCUGCUUUUCUUCGUGUGUGCGUGUGUGUAUUGUGUGCGCGUCCACUGGUUGUUUCCGGGUGAGCGGGGGACGGGGCGGCGGUGCGCCCGCAGUAGUGCCCGAGCGACAACAGUGAACAACAAAUGGCAAACGUAAACAAGAAGCACCCAGCCGGGAAUGCUCGGGCAGCAGGGUGAGAGUGGCACGGGCCCCGGACUCGUCGCGAGGUUCCCUCCUCUCAUUCUCCCUUCUGCCAGGGGCCUGGCCAGAGUGGGGAGCGGGUGGUGAGGUUAGUGAGAGACGCAAUCAACUUGUGAGCCAGGACACUUACUUCCUGGGUGGUUUUUUUUCCGAGCCACCAUCAAGCCAGUGGCUAAAAGUACACAAACACAAACACAAACAAACACAUACACACAGACAGUGAUACAUUAACUGAUUCGUGUUCGCGUAAUUCGCGCCGCCAACAAGAAUAGCCAGCGACGUUCGGGCGUCCAGUGUGCACGGGUGAGCAUAAUCCUCUUCCCCCCCCCCCCCCUCCACCCUCUUCCAUCGCCUCCCGCGGGUAAGGAAACGGUUGUGCGGGUGGGGUUGUAGCAGGGUGAUGAGGUGUGCUGCACCAUGCUCGGCGCACGAUAGCAGCAUUACCGCCCAACCACAACAACACAAAGAAGAGGAAGAAGAAGAAGACGAGGAGGAGGAAGAGGAGGACGAUCGUCCUUGCCACCACACACCCACCGCAUCAACCGGUGACCAUGGAGACGCCAAAGAAAUCGGUGGCCGCUGCGGCAUCGUCGUCGUCCGUUGCCUCCACUGCAGCGCCACCGGGCAGCAAAUCGGGCACGUCGACGAGCAGCAGCAAUAGCAACGCUGCAACCACCACCACCGCCGCCACCACGACAGCGACCAUCAACAGCGCGCUGGCAGCCACAGCGGCGGCACCGUGCGGCAAGGAGGCCCCGACCGAGGCCCAGCGCAACAUCCAGCGGUUCUGGCCGGGCGUGAUGCGCGAGAUCCAGCAGAUCGAGUACGUCGAGCCGGGCAACCAGCUGCUGCCGCUCGCCCGCAUCAAGAAGAUCAUGAAGCUGGACGAGGAGGUGAAGAUGAUCUCGUCCGACGCGCCGCUACUCUUCUCCAAAGCGAUCGAAAUCUUCAUCCAGGAGCUGACGCUCCGGGCCUGGCUGCACACCGAGCACAACAAGCGGCGGACGCUGCAGCGGAGCGACAUCGCGAUGGCGAUCACCAAGUACGAUCAGUUCGACUUUCUGAUCGACAUCGUGCCGCGGGACGAGAUCAAGGGCAGCUGGAAGGUGUUUGACGGUCCGGCGCAGGAUGAGUGUGCAGCCGGUGGUGGCGGCGGCUCGGCUAGCACCGGGGGCGGUGAAGCGGUGGCUUCCGCGUCCACCGCCACCACGAGCGAGGGGGCGGCGGGCGGUACGAACGGGACGGCGGACGACAUGCAGUACAUCAUGCAGCUGGCUCAGCAGCACCGGCUGGUGCAGCCCGGCACGGACAAGGGUUCCUGCACCGCCACCACCAACACCACCAGCACCACCGCCACCACCUCCUCCCUGACGAACGGGGCGACGACCGUGCUGGACCUCGCGACGGUAAUGACCGGCACGCAGCAGCUGCACCAGCUAUCGACGGUGGCGGCGGCAACCAAGCCGGCGAAAGGGGUCGUCGCGGGGACGGAGCAGGAGACGGCGGGCGCCACCCUACUACCCUCACCAGCCCAGCCCACGAUACAGACCGCGACCGGUCAGAGCCUCAUCCUGGCGAACGGGGGCACUGGGGCACCGGGUGGCAUUGCGAACGGUAGCGGCCAGCUCGUGCCCGCCAGCCAAUCGGUCCAGCUGCUGCAGCACGUCAUGACGCCGACGGGCGAAAUCACGCAGAUACCGAUUUCGAUACCACAGAGCCAACUGAACUUUCUGCGCACGGCCGGUCCCGGCGGGGCUCCGAACAGUGGCCAGCCGUUCUUCAUCCAGACGGCACCGAUGCAGAGCGGGCCCACGAUCAUACACACCGGCCCGACCAGUGUCUUUCUCAGCGCCAAUCAGCUUCAGCAACUGCAACAGCAGCAACAGCAACAGCAAAACAAUCACAAUCAACCACAGCAGCAGCAACAGUGCCAACAGCAGCUGCAAAGCAACCAUCAACACCAAAGGGAUUAAACGCUUUGGGGAUUAAACGUUAACUGUAGUGAUGAGUAAGGUUGGCAAAGAUCCGCUGUCGGCUCCGAUCCGACUCCGAUAGUAUCCGCCCAGCAUUAUCCGGAGUCGUCUGGAGGCGGCUACUGCCGACUCCGGACGACUCCGAAUGACUCCCACUCCGGGUGGAAGUAGUGGUUCGUAUUUUGCCGGAGUCGGAUUCGGACUAACAAUAGCCGACGUCGGAUCGGAGUCAUGGGUGCGCUCCAAAGAGCACAUCACUAGUUAACUGUGAAGCGUCCCGAACACCGUUAGUAGUACUUUAAGUUUGUGAAUCCCCCUUUUAGAGAGGACGACAGAGAAGGAGAGAGAGAGAGAAAGAGAGAGUAGCAUAAGUACAAUUGAACGGCUCAGCUGAGGAGUUGUUUUGUAGAAAAGUGUAUCCCCUUUUUGGUUUCAGUUGAGCUGAUUUUAGCUUGAUUGCGACAUGAAAUUGUUCCCCACAAACACACACACACACACCCGGUAGUAGGGAAAGUAAUGCAUUUGUUGCCUACGUACGGCCUUUCACCGUACGCUCUGGGGUAGUAUUGUGUUGUAGGUGUCCCUUCGAGCGGAAGCCGUUUUUUAUUGACUGUACAGUUUGUGCGUAAAAACUGUGCCACUUAGAAGGCCCGCGUGUGUGUGUGUGUGUGUGGCCCUGGUGCAGGCCAGUAGCUAGUAGUAUACUGUCAUUCCGUCGUCUCAGACACACACACACACAAUUUUGAUCCGGUUUGACGUCCUGCAAAAAACAAAAAAAACGAAAUUAGUGUACAACACAGUGUAAUCCCGUCGUGCAGAAUCGUGAUAUUGCAUGGGUAUCUGUUUGGUACAGGGAAAACACAACUAGUAAACCACACACACUCACACACACUCAGUGUAUUGUGACUGCAUGUGUGUGUGUGUUUUUUUUAUUUUCUUUCUCAAAGCUAGGACAAAGUAAAAGCGUUACACAAAACACAGAACAAAUCACUGUAAGGAAAUUAGGUAUGCACUCCAGACGAGUCCCAGGCGUCCUAGAAUUUUGGAACUCUAUUUUCUAUCAUGUUUUUUUUGUAUUCUUUUUUUUUGUGCACUUUUAAACCCAUUACGAAAGCAUUGAAAUACAAGUUUAGCCCCAGACGUUGGCCACCAGACACCAGGUUUCAGCCCGUAUCCCUCCCGCAACAACCCCCUUUUCCGUGGCGAUCUCUCUUUCGCCCAAUAGGGUCGUGUUCAUGUUUGGCGGGCUUUUUUCUUUCGUGUAAGCGUAUGUUUAUAUUAUUUAUAUAGCAAAAGGUCGCUACCAGCGGAAGCGGAGCGCGUGACGGUGGGGACGUUUAGUGUUAGUUUUAAGGUUUUUUUUUUAAAUAUUCAACACACUACUACUGCUGCUGAAACUGUAAAUAUGGCCGUGGUGAAGAUAUAUAAAAGAGAAACAAAAGAUGUAAUAAUGCAAGCUCAACCUACCUGUACAGAGCCGAGCAUAGAGCAGCCGCGUUACGUUGGAGGAGCCGCAAAAAUCGGACGAAACGAAUCGAAGCACACACACAGACGCACGCAACAAGGCAGUGGAAUUUUUUGUUUCUCUCACAAAGAAGUGAUUCUGAAUUCACAAAAAAUCAGUUGAAUGUAAUGCAAACAUAUGUUUACUGUUCCGUCAAAACUCGCCUCGGCCAUACAAAACUACCCUGUACUACUACUACCUGUAGGUAUUCGAUUAUCAUAUCAGUCGAGUUACCGAUUCAAAAUAGCAGCCGUUGCAGUUUUAAGCCGUUUGUGCUUGUUUGAGGUUGAGCUGGUUGAAUUUGAAAAGAAAAGAAAAGUGUGGCCCCCAAAAUGGUUCUUACCUUACAACCUACACUGACUACAUGAACUACAGACAUGAAAAGAGUGAAAUGUUUAUUUUUUCCUGGUACUGCUACCUCGUUGCGUGUCCCGGUUUCGCGUCCGUUUUGCGACAAAGUACAGUUUAUUUUUAGCAUUUUCCCUAAACAUUUCCUUUUAAUGUGAAUAUUACACGUACUAAAAAAGAAAGAAAGAUGAAUAAAAUUCCCUAUGUGAGCGAUGAAA